AUGGGCUACGACGCCAAUCUAUUCACUCAGAAACACGCGGACAAUGAUGUCAUUUGCCAGCAAUGCUACAAUGUCCAAGAGGAGCCGAUGAUCGUCUGCGUGAGAGAGCACAUUUUCUGCAAAGUCUGUGUCGAUACCUGGAUCGGCAAAGGGAGAAAGGACUGUCCCAGUUGCCAUCUCAACAUGCUCCAAGAAACAAUCUCAAGCAAACGACUGGAGUCGAAGGUCAUGUCGCUGCAGGUUCGCUGCCCCGAAAAGGACUCGGCCGCAGGCGGCGAUGCCAUCAAUUGCCACCAUGGGCAUCGAAACGAAACCGCCUUGGAACCAAGACGCUCGCUUCGCCGCAGCACACUCGCGAAACGCACCAAGCGAGAAGCAAACAAUGUUGAUGUAUUAAAUACAUCAUCAGCGGUUUUUCGUCCUACGCAGUGCCCAUGGGUGGGUACUCUGACGGACUACUUGGAAAAGCACAAACGAAACGAGUGCGAUUAUUGCAGUGCCAGCUGCCCUUUUUGCAACGAGCUGGUCAAGGUUUCCAAGCUCAAACUACACAAGGAAGACGAGUGCCGUGAACGAUUCGUUCAAUGCUCUUUGUGCAAAGGCGUCGUGAAGUCGCGUGCAAUGAAGACCCACAAGACCUUGUUUUGUCCAUCGAGGCCAGUCCGAUGCAAGCAUUGUCAUGCGAAGAUUCCGUUCAAGGACCUCGGCACUCGUACCCACGAUCCGUCCAAUCAAAACGUCGUGACGUUCACUGGCCACAUGCUGGUGUGCCCCAAGGCCAGUGUACCUUGCGACUUUGCUCGCUACGGAUGCAAAGCCAUGGUGAACCGGGAUGAGAUGGAAACUCACCGCCACGACAGCGUUCAUACAGAGUUGAUGUUCAAGAAACUUGCUAUUAUAGAAGACGAGGAACCUUGGCAAAAGAUGAACCUAAGUUGGCGUCUUAGUUCAAAAGAAAUAUCUGAAAUGAAGGAGACGAACACAACUCUUUCGAAACAGAUCGUUUUGGGGGAGUUCUCUGUAAUUCUUGGCAUCGAGUGCCGAGGCGCAAAUGGAGACAUAUGGGUUCACAUUCGUGCUAAAUGUGAAAUCACGAGAUUCAUCACGAGGUUCCGUCAGGUAACUGUUACGCUUGGAAAAGGGUCCACAAAGACUUCUUGGAGUUGGGACAACGACCACAACAAUGGUGGUUCUCUUGAACCAGGCGACUUGGAAGAUGCAGAGGGCAUCUUCCUCCUGGCGCUUAAUCAAGUCAGUGGCACAGAGAACUGCUGCUUUGAUAUGCUGGAGAAAGCCACUGAACUCGGUGAAGGCGACUUGACCAUGACGUUCCAAGUGCGCAAGCCCCAUACAAUCGUGAUCUGA